GCAACCAGCAUCCUGUUGUCUGCUGUCACUUUUUAGUCUUCGCAGUUCCCACCCAGUUUAUACCUAAAAAAUGACGGCUGCUAUUGCGACUUCGAGGGAACUCAAGAAUAAAGAGACGGGUCUGGACAUAUCAGUUCCGGAGUAUCGAGAAGUGAGUGGACUGCUGACUAAGUAUGAGGAGUACCAUGUGAUUGUCAUCACAAGGCUUUCACACUUCAAGACGAACAGGAACAAAACAGACGACACUGUACAGUUUAUGGUUACAAAGAAGUACGGUGACUUUGAAGCUCUACACAAAACCCUGACGGAGCGUUUCCCAGCGACGAUCUUCCCCGACAUGCCGCGUAAGUUGUUCAUGAUGAAGGACAGUACUCCGCAACAGAGACGCGCAUGUUUUGACAGCAUCAUGCGAUUCAUCGCCUCCAACACAAAAGUCUGCUCCUGCGCUCCUGUUCUGCAAUUUCUCGGUGUAAAUCCAGACAAAGUGAAUGAGCUUGAAAAUGACCAGGACUCGACUCAAACUGAUGAGGCAGACAGUAAAAGCGCAGCAUCAAGUUCAACGUGGAAACGGAGUACCGUAUCAAGUUCGGGAAGCCAGCAGUCAAGCUUGUUCAGUGACGAAGUAGAGGAUGAGUUUGACUUCUUCAAAGAAACGUCAGGAGGACCAGGAAACAGCAAUGAGUUGCUCGAUGAGGACGACCUGUUCUCCACAAACCCCAACACAGCGUCAAGCUUAGCGGACAAGAAGGGAGAUUUUAAGAACUUAAGAUGGAAAUAUGGAUAA